AUGCCUGCAGCUGUCCACCCCGCCCCUCAACCCUCAGAAACCUUGCAGGCUGCCAAUGCCGUUCCCAGGAACCAGCCUCGCGGCACCCCAUCGUUGAAAUCCCCCAGAAGUGCCCAAAUCUGCUGCACAAUCUGCUGGCUCCUUAUCUUGGGUUUCAUCGUCUUUCUGGCGCUGUUCAUCAUCGACUGCGCCAUUUCGUCACGCCCCAAGAUCUCCAUCGAUCGCAUCGCCGCCGUGGGACUCAACACAACGCCUGGCCUGACCUUAUCCCCCCAUUUCAACAUCACCGUCCGGGUUAAGAACCUGAGCAAAUUCUUCUUCAAGCAGUGUUACAGCUAUGGCUAUGCCGCCAUCUCUUACUCCGGCGUCACCGUCGGCGAAGGAGUCUUGGCCGUUUUCUGCCAUGGCCCGAGGAAGUCGACGGUGUUGGAGACGGUGCUGAGGGGUUCGGACAUCGUGCUUGCAGAUGGAGUGCGCGACCGACUUGCAGAGGAUCAACGGCGAGGAGAGGUGGCGAUGGAGGCGGCCAUGCGGUUGCCCACGCCGUAUGGGAAUGGCUUCGUAGAGGUGAGCGCUUUGUGCCAAGUGGUGGUAGGUCCCAUGUUUAGGUCAACGCCGUGUUCAGUGGAGAAAUGA